AUGUUUAUUGGAUAUGGCCAAAACAGUGCAGCUUACAGGUUAUUUGUCGUCAAAAGUGAUCACAAUGUGAUAGAAGUGAAUACCAUAGUGGAAACUAAAAAUGCAGAUUUCUUCGAGGGCUUUUUCCUAAUGAAGGUCACCGUAGAGCUUGUGCCAGGUUCAAUGUUAGAAUCCGAAAGUAAUGAUAACUUAAAAGUUGAACUAAGGAGAAGUAAAAGAGCAAGGAAAGAAACUAAUCUUGGAGAUGGAUUUUACACCUUCCUAGUUGACAAUGACCCACAAACCUAUAGUGAAGCUAUAACGGCACCAGAUGCACCUUUUUGGAAAGAAGCCAUUAAAAAUGAAUUAGAGUCGAUUAUGUCUAACCAUGUUUUGGAAUUAGUGGAUAUACCUCCAGGAGCUAAAACUUUAGGGUGCAAAUGGAUUUUCAAGAAGAAAUUGAAAUCUGAUAAGUCUAUUGAUAAACAUAAAGCACUGCUUUAUAUUUAG